AUGACUUCCAUGGCGGCUGAGUCCGUGGCGACGAUCCUCGUCUCCUGCAAGCAGACACGCUUUCACAUCGAAAGCCCAAACUACCGAGAGCUGGAUAUCGAGGGGCUGAACAUCACUGUGGCUUCGGCGGCUCCCCCUGGCGUCAAGACUCCAGGAGGCAAAGGCAAGGCGAAGGCUGCCAAGUCUGAUGGCACAGAAAUUCUCUCAAAUGCCAAAUUAAGGCUGAAGGCUGGCCAAAGAUACUCACUGGUCGGGAAGAACGGUUCUGGAAAGUCGACACUGCUGAGGGCCAUCGGAGAGAGAUUGAUCCCUGGAAUACCUGAGCAGACCCGCAUCGCAAUGCUACAGCAGACCGAUGCUGAUGAUUCUAACGCCGAUUUCUCUCCGGGCAACAACGCAGCGGGUUCGGGCUCGGGGAACACCGUCCUUCAAGAGGUUAUAGACAAAGCAACGGCAAAAGACGAGCUCGAGCGAGAGAUCGCAAUCCUGGCCGACGGAGUCAACAGCCCGGAAGGGCUGGCGGCGGUGAAAGCAUUGAGAAAAGUCAAGCAUGAGAGGCUGCAGAAGCAACUUUUUGUGGUUGACAAAAAUGCACGGCUCCGCAGUGGUGCUCGAGGGAUGCAGGCUCGGAAGGAGCUCAUCGCUUUUGAGAAAGUAGUCGCAGAAUCAGCGGCGUUACAAGAGCAGAAGGACGAGGAAAUAUCAAAUGAAACACUGGAGACUGAGAUUCAGGAAGCCACGGACCUUCUCGCAGAACUCCAGGUCCAAGUAGAGCCAUCAAAGAUCGCGGACAUCGAGUCGCGGGCCAACAAGAUCCUCGCUGGUCUUGGAUUUUCACAGGCCUAUAAGUCAAAGGCCGUGUCUGAGCUCUCGGGUGGUUGGAAAAUGCGGACAGCACUAGCCAUAGCACUGUUGCAGGAGACAGAUAUCCUGAUCCUCGACGAGCCGACCAAUUUCCUGGAUCUUCUCGGCAUAAUCUGGCUUCAGAGGUACCUCCAGUCCCUCGAAGACUUACCCGAUCCUCCCACUCUCAUUCUGGUGUCCCACGAUCGCGACUUCACAUCUAUAUGCACAGAUCUCCUGAUCAUCAAGGACAAAGACCUGGUGUAUUUUCAUGGUGACUUCCAGACGUACGAGUCCAGCACGGCUGAGAAGAAGCUGCAUCUCACUAAAGUCAAGGAGGCCAAGGACAAACAGAAGGCCCAUAUUUCAGCCACUAUCCAGCGCAAUAUGCGAGAGGGAAAGAAGAACGAUGACGAAAAUCGAAUCCGCCAGGCCAAGAUGAGACAGAAAAAGCUAGAUGACCGCUGGGGCGUAGAAACCAGCGCCAAAGGUGGCAGAUUCAAACUCAACAGAGACCUUCCGGGGUAUUACUUCAGCAGCCGCGCCGAGGUCGAGAUCCCGCAGGAUGAGAGGCCGCCGAUCAUCGCACUGCCAGAGCCGCCCGAACUACGUUUCCCAGGACCUCUGAUUUCCGCAGAGGGCGUGACGUUCCGAUACUCCGCAGGAGGGAGGAAGGCAGCGGCAUCGUCUCCGGCGGUUCUGCAAGACAUCAACCUGACUGUGGGCAUGGGAGACAGGAUCGGGAUACUGGGGCUCAAUGGCGCCGGCAAGUCGACACUGAUCAAACUACUCGUCGACGAGGAGAAGCCCACCAAGGGGACCCUUACGACACACCCGCGGCUGAAGCUUGGAUACUACAGCCAGCAGGCGGUCAAGCAACUCCAGCAGCUGGGCCACUCCGAGCCUGACCUCACCUCCCUGGCGCUAUUGAUGAGGGAAGUCGAAGGUGACCUCGACGAGGGCGAGCUUCGUGGCAUGUUGGGGUCACUGGGACUCCCUGGGCGUCUGGCUUCUGACGUCCCCAUCCGCAAACUCUCCGGUGGGCAGCUGGUGAGAUGCGAGCUGGCAAGGAUUUUGUGGAAGCGUCCGCAUUGCCUGGUGCUGGACGAGGUGACGACUCACCUAGACUAUGAGACGGUCACCGCGUUGCGCGAGGCGCUGAAUCACUGGGUGGGCGCAGUGAUUGUAGUAUCCCACGACAGAUGGUUCAUGAGGGGUGCGGUGGAGGGUCUUAUUGACGACCCGAGCAGUGAUACGGACGAGGACGAGGAGGAAGCGAAUUUGAGACGGAGAGUUGUGUGCAGGCUGAGGGGUGGCAUACUCACAAAACUCGAAAAUGGUGUCCAAGAAUUCGAGGAUCUCAUGGAAAAGAGGGCAAGGAAGUUGAUGGAAUCGUAA